AUGAAGGUUUCUGUGGCUUCUACACUACUUUUGGCCGCCAGUGCCAUUGCCGGCCGUAGCCCUCAGCAUGUCAACAAGAAGCUCCCCGAGCGUAUGCGUCGUGAGCCUGCGAAUCUGCCUGCUGUAGGUUUGGACAAGAGAACUACCAACAAGAAGAAGCACCACAUCAUUCCUCAGAACAAAAACACGACAAAGUAUGCUGUUGAUGGCACCAAGAUUCCUGACGUCGAUUUCGAUAUUGGCGAGAGUUACGCUGGUCUGAUGCCCAUUUCUUCCCAGAAGAACGCCAGUGAGCUUUACUUCUGGUUCUUCCCUUCUGAGGAUACCCAAGCAAGCGAUGAGAUUCUCAUUUGGCUCAAUGGUGGCCCGGGAUGCAGUAGUCUUGAGGGCUUGCUGCAAGAGAACGGACCCUUCUUAUGGCAAUACGGUACCUACGCUCCGGUCAAGAACAACUACAACUGGAACAAUCUUACCAACGUUAUCUGGGUCGAACAGCCUGCAGGCACUGGUUUCAGUUCCAAGGGCAGCACUCCUGGUGCGACCAGUGAGGAGGAAGUCGCAGAACAAUUUGCUGGGUUCUGGAAGAACUUCAUCGAGACUUUCGGUCUUCAGCACAAAAAAGUCUACGUUACUGGCGAGAGUUAUGCUGGCUUCUAUGUCCCUUACAUUGCCAACAAUUUCAUCCAGAAGAACAACUCGGCCCUCUACGAUGUUCAUGGUAUCAUGAUCUACGACCCUUCGAUCUCCUACGAUGUUGUGCUGCAGGAUAUCCCAGCCGUUUCUUUUGUUGACAACUGGAGUGGACUAUUCAACCUGAAUCAGACCUUCAUGGAUGACAUUCACAACCGCUCCGACAAGUGUGGCUACACCUCUUUCCUCGAGGAGGCUCUCACCUUCCCUCCCAAGGGUCUGCUUCCUUCUCCUCCAAACGUAGACUACAGCAUGCCUGGCUGUGAGCUCUGGAACGACAUCUUCAACGCUGUCAGCCUUGUCAAUCCUUGCUUCGACAUCUACCAGGUCGCUACUACUUGCCCUCUGCUCUGGGACGUCCUCGGUUUCCCCGGAAGCUUCGAUUACCUGCCUGAAGGUGCCUCCAUUUACUUCAACAGAACUGACGUUCAGAAGGCCAUUAAUGCCCCUGUUCAAGAGUGGGAGGAGUGCACUGGUGGCAUUCUCCGCAAAGACACCAGCGAAUACACUUCGUUGAGUGUUUUGCCCAAAGUUAUCGAACACACCAACAACGUCAUCAUCGGACAAGGCAUGCUCGACUACAUCAUCUCCUUCAACGGAACCCUAGCAGCGAUCCAAAACAUGACUUACAACGGCGCUCAAGGUUUCAGUCACGGUCCCCAAACUUGGAGCGACUUCUUUGUUCCUUACCACUCCGAGCUCAACCAGGGCGACCUUGCUGGCUCGGGCGUGCAGGGCAAAUGGAAUACCGAGCGUGGCCUCACCUUUGCAACCGUGCAAUUGAGUGGCCACAUGAUCCCUCAAUAUGCUCCCUCGUCGGCUUACCGUCUGGUCGAGAAGCUUCUCGGACGUGUCAAGACUCUCGGCACUGAGACCAAUUUCAGCACCCAGAAGGGCAACUUUGGCAACGGCUUGAAGUUCAUCACUGCCAAUGUGACCACCGACUAG